AGCCGUUCUGUCCGUCAGUGCUACCAGGUAACUUCACGACCGCCCCGGGGGGCGGGGCCGCGCGCGAGCUUGCUCCCGCGGUCCUCUGGCCGCCUCUCCGAGGAUCGCAGGCCCCUCCGCCCGCCAUGCAGUCGCUGGCGCCGGCGCUGCUCCUCCUGGUGCUGUCCGCCCCCCUGGCGAGCUCCCUCUCGGUCCACCAGGAGCACGCCUGGUCGUGGCCAUGGAGCAGGAAGCCCGCCGCCGAGGCGCCGAAGCCCGCCGCCGCGGUGGCCGAGGAGGCUCCGGCCGCGGCGGAGGCCGCACCCGCCGAGGCGACGAACAGCACCCUGAGGAUCCCUACCGAGCCUGGGUGCUUCAUGCGGAUGCCGUCCGGGUGCCCGAAGAAUCCCAUGAGGACGGAGCUGUGGCGGCACGACACGUGGGCGGAGAAGAAGGCGUUCGACGAGGAGGGGUGCAUGAAGCGCAAGAGCGUGUGGGACGGUUAUUGCGAGUCGCAGGACGCCCAGAUGAUCUUCGUCGCCGGCAAGGUGAGCGCGCUCCAGGUGGAUCAGAGCUGGCCUUGGAGCAAAAAGGGGGCCAAGGCGGUCGAGUCGAAGCUUGAGGGCGAGACCACCACCGUGGAGGCCCCCGCCCCGCAGCAGGCGCAGAGGGCCUCCACGAAGAUCCCCUCGCAGCCCGGCUGCUACAUGCGCAUGCUCAGCGGGUGCCCGAAGGAGCCCAUGAGGACGUUCCUGUGGAGGCACGACCCCUUCGCCGAGGAGCGCGGCCUGGGCGAGGCGGACUGCCUGAAGCGCAAGUCCACGUGGGACAAGCAUUGCGACUCGAAGGACGCCGAGAUGGUGUUCGUUGGCAAGGACGCCGCCCAGGCUGCCGACACGGUCCCGCCCGCGGCGGAGGCCGCCACUGCUGCGGAGGCGGCCGACCCAGCUGACAACGCGACGGAGGCCGCCCCCGCUGCGGAGGCACAGGAGGAGGCCUCGAAGCCGCUCGACAAGGAGAGCUCGGUGGGCCUGCUCCAGGUCGGCUCCGCACGCUGGCAGUGGCCAUGGAGCAAGCCCAAGCGCCACAUCAUCGGGCAGGAGAUCACGACCACCGCGCAGCCCGUCGCGAAGGCCGCGGCCGCUCCCGUGGAAGAAGCGCAGCCUGUGGCGAGCCCUUUGCAGCCCGGGUGCUACAUGCGGAUCCCCACCGGAUGCCCCAAGAAGGCCAUGAGGACCCAGCUGUGGCGCCACGACACGUGGGCGGAGGAGCAAGGCCUCGACGUGCUGGCGUGCCAGCAGCGCAAGACCGUGUGGGACAAGUACUGCGAGUCGCAGGACGCGCUCAUGCUGUUCGUCCCGAAGCAGUGAGCACUCGGCCCCAAACCACUCUCUUUGCAUGCGAACAGGCCAUAUCCGGGCCCGCGCGCGGGCCCCUUCCACUGACUGUCCUGUUCUGACGGAUGGAUCCGUGACCCUCGCCAUCAUCCUCAU